CAUUUCUCCUUUCUAGUCAGUGACGCUUGUGUAUCGCGUACGUGACGCUGGUUUGGUUCCUUUAUGAAUUUUUUACACUUUGAAUAUCCCAUUUGACAACACAACACUGUUUGGAAAUUGACAGUAACCUAGAUUUCUCAGACUGAACCCGAACUCCGUCCGCUAUAACGUUUCUGGAUCUGUUCUGAAUGUGAUGUGCUAGAGUUCGUCCGAGGCCAGCCGAUCGUUUUCGCCGAGUUAACCUUGAGAGACAAGAGCGAGAGAGGGAGUGAGUUAGGGAGCGAGCGAGAGAGACAGAGGGCCACUGAGCGGCGAGCGAGAGCGAGACGGAGAUAGUCUGAGCACGAACGAGCGAGAAAGAGCGAAGCAAGAUGUUCGCGAUAAUGCAAGUUGAAACGGACGAGAGAAGGGAGUUCAGGCGGAAGAUGAGAGCCAAGUGCGAGUUCGUCUGCAAGUAUUGUCAGCGCCGGUUCACCAAACCUUACAACCUCAUGAUACACGAAAGAAGUCAUAAGGACGAUGUUACCUUUACAUGCGAAGUCUGCGGCAAGACUUUCAAACGGCAAGACAACCUCAAACAGCACAGGACCAUUCACAGCCCGACUUGCAGGGCGGCGGGGAACUUCAUGUCUAGGUUAUAAAAGCAAAACUUUUUCUUUUGCCAUAUUACUACAUUUAAUUUAAUUUAUUGUUUUAAAAUAGCUUAAUAUCAAACCGCAUUAAGAUAAAUUCCCUUGUACGAAACUCCGACUCUUUGGCCGUUGUCAAAGAUCGUUGGGAGUAGGUCGCCCUGUUUUUCUAGUCUCGACAAACAUCAGAAGGCCUGAGACAUCAUUGAAAAUAAUUACUUAAUUAACAGACGGAUUAAUGUGUAAAUAUGUUAUUUAUAUUAUGCUUUACUAGUUUACCAUUUUUUGUGUGAAAAAAAAUUAUUUACCUGACAAAAAUAAAUUUUUUAAAUUGUUUACAAAUGUACUGAUAUAAUUAAUUGUUUAAAUUAAUAAAUUUAGAAACGCAUAGUGAAUUAUAAGGGGAGAAAUGCAAUAUAAACAAACUUUACGACGUGCUUCCGAAUCCCAGUGUAAUAUAGAUAAUAACAAUUAUAUUUAUAGAUUUAUAUAAAAAUUAUAUAUCCAAGUUUUUUAAAUAGUGUGAGCAACGCGCAUCAAAAAUAGCUUAUAAAAUACAGUUAUUUAAUUAAAACUGUUUUAAUAUUAUUUAUUUCUUUUUUUUUCUUGUGUAAAAUAUUAGAAUUACCCUUAGGUAAUAGAGCAUAUUUAAAAAACUUACAAAGGAAGUUAAAUGAUUAGAUAUAGACAGAAGUACAUAUUUGAGAUUUAUUUUGUAAUUUUGUAUAUAAAUUCAUGUUAAUAAACUGGAAAAAACUGUACAA